AUGAAGGUGGCCUUUGCCUUUGUCAGGUCUAGGCUGUGUUGGGGCAUUAUGACGGGAGAUGACUGGUUGGUUUGGUUGGGUGCGCUUAACACCCUAGGUGAGGUCCUACUGGGUGAAUUGGUGGUGUUCGUAAUUCUUUGUUAUCUUGGCGACACUAGCACGGAGGCAUUUCACUUCGGCCUAGUGAUGUGUAUCGGUCAAAGGUUUUCUUCUGGAGGAAGCCCCUAG